AUGUCCACUAUUAUUUCAAGUGGUACAAUCAAUCAGCAUGAUGUUAUCACCCAGGAUACUCGUUUGGAUCUCGCUACUUCUCUUUCGAGUGUAGCUUUAAGCAAUUCUCGGUAUUAUGAUGCUUCCAGUUCACUCAUAACCGAUUUGUUUUGGUUUAUCAGCUAUUGCUUCUACACUGUGAUAUCCAACAUCCUCUACUACAUCCCAACGGUGAUCAUCUCAAUUCUCACACAUACAUUUCAGUUCAGUCUGUCGUUCACCAGCAUCUUGCUUUUGUUGCUUGUUGUUAUUGUUGUUGCCUACGGUUAUGUUCGAUAUAUAUACCUCACGAAGUACUCAAGGCUACCUGAAGAGCCCAAAAGGCAGGAACCCACAAUUGAUACUUUCCUAGAGCCACCUGUGGAAUAUGGGAAAUCAAGAGUGAGCUACAUAGAUGAGUUUCUAAGUGCCAUCAAAAUCUUUGGCUAUUUGGAUAAGUCUGUGUUCCAUGAGUUAACUAAGAGUAUGCAAACCCAGAAACUAGACUCAGGAGAAAUUCUCUUCUUGGACGAUACCUCUGGUUUCACAAUCUGUGUUGACGGAGAGAUACAAGUGUAUUUUAAAGUUGGCGAUGACAAGGUGCAGAAACAAGGUCCCUUUGCUAAGGAUAAUUCCAAAGAUGUUGUUGUUGUCGAUGGCGUUCGUUACCAGCUUUUAAACAACGUUAAGAGCGGUGCACCUGUUUCCUCCUUUAUUGGAGUGUUGAGCCUUUUGACCAAUCAGUCAUCCCUGUUGAGGUAUGCUGCUCCUACUCCUUCGCUACUAAGUCCAGAAAGCCUAAACCGCAAGUCCCUUCCUAUGCCAUCAGAUGGUUUUGCCUUGGAUGAUACAUUAGGGUCGUGUUCUCCGGCAAUCAGUUCGCCCGAUGUGCAAAGUAACAAUGGAAGAGCAUCUUCCAGAUAUUCACGUCAUUCAACCAAAGUAGAUUCUCUCUCUGUACACAAGAAUGUCUGGCAGCCUUCCAAAGCUCUAAAUGGAAAGGAUCUUGAUAAAAAUAUAUCGCCAACCGAGACAGAUCCUGACGGCUUCUUGAACGAUGUUGGUGUUGUUGAUGGGCAGCCAUCCUCGAAUUCUUUUCCAAAGGCUGUGCAUGGCGUACCACAAAGUAUCAACAAUACAUCGCUGGCUGGAAACUUUCCGAUUUCUGGAGACAUGGGAAACACUUCAUUGGGAUCUAAGGUGAAUGGCUCCGGAGUGGAACUCAUCGCAAUUCCCAAGGGUAACUGCACGAUUUCUAUCAUUCCUCGUGAGUCGUUUAUCAAAAUUGCUCACAAGUAUCCGAAAGCAACUACUCACAUCAUUGACAUGAUCUUGACAAAGCUCUACAGGGUGACUUUCCAAACCGCAAACGACUAUUUGGAUCUCACUUCCGACAUUUUUGAGACCGAAUUGAAUUUGAACAAUAGAAUUACCUACAAGCUGCCUGGCUAUCUACAUGAUACUAUUAUAGAAUCCCUUGAUUUGGAGGCAGAUUCCGCUGCUAAUGCCGACGACUCCAAUUUGCCCUAUUCAGAGAUCUCGACUUCAAAGUCUCAGUCUGCCAAAACGCGUCCUGCUAUAGUUAUCAGAUCUAGUCGGCAUUUUCAAAAUUCGAGUUGUGAUGGUACCGUAUCUACUUCUCCAAAGGUAUGUCGGGACAGUGAUGGUCUGAAUAGUGUAAAAAUGAGCUUAAAAGAGCAAGGUAGUCUUGCAGGUGCCAGUAAUAUGCAACCUCAAAAAAGUAACUUUUCCUCUGCUCUCAGGUCUAACAGUAUGUUUAGCCUCAGAUCAAACGAUGAAGGUGUGAAUUCCAUGGAUGUUACAAAUAAGAGGCCGUCACUAAUUCAUCAUCCAAGUUCUUCGGCCAGGCAUUUUACUUUGAAGUCUAGAAACAAGCCAAAUCCGGGUGAUUUGGUUUCAAAUGCCCCCUUACCUAAAAAUGAGUCUGACAUGACUGAGGCAAUUGGAAUAGUGAAAGAUGUAUUCACAUGGAAUGAUUCGUUUCCUUCUUCUUCAAUCGCUAGCACUCAAUACAGUUCGCAGGUAAUUAGUUCUUUAACUGCAAUUAACAUUGUUCCGACUGUUGAGGAAGGCCACAGUUCGGAUGCACACAAAUAUCUGACAACUGGAUUCAAGUUUCAUGGAAAUAUGGAUGAUGAUUCUGUCGGAAGUAACUCGGAAAAUGGGGCUUCAGAUUAUGAGGCAGUGAAGAAAGAUCUUGCGGACGAGAUUCAGGUUAUGAGGAUUAGUAAGGGUACUAAAAUUAUUAGAGCCGGUGAACAGACACCCGGUAUUUAUUAUGUUAUUGAUGGUUCUCUUGAUGUCUCUUACUGGAAGGGAGAUAUGGAAGAGCUUGAUGAUGAUGAUGAUUCCCCAUAUUCAAAGAUAUUAUACUACCGUCGCAGGCGUUCAAAGAAUCUAAAAGGUAAUCAGCAAUAUUUAUUUACCGUUGGCAAGGGUGAGAUAGCAGGAUAUCUCGGAACAUUGAUUGGAUCGAAGUCGUUUAUUGAUGUCAAGGCAACUGAAACCACGUAUGCGGCAUUCGUUCCAAGGGAUGUUUUUGAUUUCAUGAUUGAACGAUAUCCUAGAGUUGAGUCAUGUAUUGCAAAGCAUUUGUUGACUGUUCUAGAUCACAGACUUUAUCUCACUGACUAUGCUAUGGAGUGGGUUCACUGUCCUGCAGGUAAAUCGUUAUACAAUCAGGGAGACCCGGCAAAUGGAAUUUAUGUUGUGCUCAAUGGCAGGUUCCGUUCAGUGAAGGUUAAUUCGGUUGAUAAGAGACAUGUGAUAUUGGGUGAACACGGCCAAGGUGAGUCCUUGGGUGAAGUGGAAGUUCUUACGAAAACACGCCGUAUUGUCACAUUGGUUGCAAUUAGGGAUUCUGAAUUGGCCAGAAUACCUCGUACUUUAUUUGAGUUGAUUGCCCUUAGUAAUCCGUCGAUCAUGGUGAGUGUCUCACGACUAGUUGCAAACAGAGUCAAGAGUACUAUGGCCAAUGAUCCAAGUCUUUCGCCUACCCCGGGCAUUAGUCCGCAUGUGAAAGAUGAGCCCUUGUAUCAGACAUUCUCGAAUUUCCGUACUCUAACUAUCCUUCCGGUUACCCAGGGACUUCCUGUUACAGAAUUUGGCGAGAGACUAGGACUUGCUUUGGAGGCCAUAGGACAGUCCGUCAAGAUUUUGAAUCAAAGUUCUGCCUUGACCAAUCUUGGUAAGCAUGCAUUCGAUCGACUUGCCAAGAUGAAGCAGAGUGGUUACUUUGCAGAACUGGAGGAGAAGUACGAUAUUGUUCUAUAUCUGGUUGAUUCGAUUGCGAACUCGUCAUGGACAAAAACAUGUAUACAGCAAGGCGAUUGUAUUUUGCUGAUAGCAGAUGCAACGGCAUCACCAAAUGUUGGAGAGUAUGAGAGACUUCUAGUAAAGACCAAAACAACAGCAAGGACAGAACUUGUUCUGUUGCAUCCGGAGAGAUAUGUUCGUCCCGGUUUGACCAACAAAUGGUUGAAGAAUCGGAUAUGGGUUCAUGCUUAUCAUCAUAUCCAGAUGCAAUGCAGUAAAGUACACACAGUUUCGCCAAAUGUUGCACAUCAGGAUGCUGAUGUUUUGCGAAUUGAAAAAUUGCCUGGUCUUCUCAGCAAAUCCACAAGGAUCAUAAAGGAUAAUUUGAAAAAUCGUGUAGAGAGUAUUGUGGCCAGAAAUGAUCUGCUUCUUCGUCUGACGAGAGAUUCGUUCCGGUCGAAGAAGUAUUAUCAGCCCAUGCAGGUGCAUAAGGACGACUUCAUGAGACUUGCACGUCUAUUGACGGGUCAAUCUGUGGGACUAGUUUUAGGUGGUGGUGGUGCUCGAGGUAUUAGUCAUGUUGGAAUUAUCAAAGCAUUGGAGGACAAUGGUAUUCCCGUUGAUAUGAUUGGUGGAACUUCAAUUGGUGCCUUUGUUGGCGGCUUGUAUGCAAAAGAGUACGACUUUGUGCCUAUGUACGGUAGAGUGAAAACCUUUGCAGGUAGGAUGGGCUCCUUAUGGAGAUCGUUGUUUGAUCUCACCAUUCCAGUCACUUCUUACAUCACAGGUCAUGUGUUCAACAGAGGUGUCUGGAAGGCAUUUGGAGAGUCAAGAAUUGAGGAUUUCUGGAUUAAGUAUUAUGCCAAUUCUACCAAUAUAACAGAAUCCUUAAUGGAGGUCCACACAAGCGGAUACGCAUGGCGUUAUAUUAGAGCAUCAAUGUCUCUAGCGUCCCUUUUGCCGCCAAUCACCGAUAAUGGAAACAUGCUUUUAGAUGGUGGUUACGUUGAUAAUCUUACGGUUGAAGAGAUGAAAAGGAGAGGAGCCAAAAUUAUUGUUGCAUGUGAUGUUGGUUCGGCAGAUGAUAGAACGCCGAUGGAUUAUGGGGAUUCUCUCAGCGGAUUUUGGGUCCUCAUGAACCGUAUUAAUCCAUUUUCGAAACAUCCGAAUGUGCCAACAAUGGCAGAUAUACAAAUGAGACUAGCAUACGUUGCUUCUGUCAAUGCUUUGGAUAGAGCCAAGAAUACAUCUGGCUGUUUGUAUCUUAGGCCACCAAUUGAGGGUUAUGCCACGCUUGAUUUUUCAAAGUUUGAUGAGAUUUACAGGACAGGUUACACGUAUGGAAGCAAAAUAGUUAAAAAAUUGAAAGAUGACAAUGAAUUUCCUGUCCUUAAGGUUAAAAAACGGGAGGCAUUGGGUGUUCACCCUUUAAGGAGAAGGUAUUCUAUUUAA